UUUUGAGGUCAUAAACUCAAAGAUACUUUAUUAUUAAUCCCAGAGGGAAUGUGAAAGUCAAAGUCGUAAUAAAACAUGACUUUAGAAGUAGAUUAUUUUUACAUUUCCAGACAUCCAGUUUGCUCAUUUUAAAUCACAUUCAUGACUUUUUAAGUCGUUUUUUAAAAAAAUGCAAAAUUUAGAUAAACUAAGUGGUGAACUGGUGCCACACACACACACACACACACACACACUGGAGUGUAUCUUAAGUUUGUAAAUGUAAAUUUUAUUAUACAAAAUCAUAUUUAGGACUUAAAAGUCACACGGUUUUAAAAAUCCUAAUCUGAACUAUUUUAUUAUUCAGGCGGUGAAAGUGCAGCAAAUCAUUUUUUCACAGUUUGAUCUAAAAAUAAAACUAUAAUGACAGUAAACUUGUUUCUUUUAUUUGGCGCUAAAAUGUCAAACCCCUGCAAAAGUUAAGGUCAAAGGUCAUAAAUGGCUUUGAUUUCAAUUUAAGUUGGAAUAAAACCAUUAAUUUUACCAAAGCGAUGCAGUUCACCACAUCAUGCUAUGAAUAAAUGAUCCACGAGGCAUAAAAGCGCGUUUGAGGUGAACUGGGCGUGUCUAACGAGGGCUGAUGAAAAGCAGCUCAGGUGUUUCUGAUUGCAGAGCAGCAGGUGCUGAAAACGACUGGAAGGCAGAAGAGCAUCCUGAACGCCCUCAGAUAUCAUACUAGAGCUACGAUUUUCUCAUUUAUUUUACAGAAAUGAUCCUAAUCGACCUAAAGCUGGUCCUUGUGUUUUUCCUCAGCUUGAUGCACCACAGAGUGGAUGGACUCUGCAGCGUGGAGCAUUGCUCCGACCCAACGAGAUGUGUUCUGUCUGAAGACCAGAAAAGCUGCAGGUGUGCUGCAGGAUUUUAUUCUGACCGCUGCGACAAAAGUGCACAUAUUAAAGUCAUGUGUGGUAAUGACUACAUGGCGAUCAGAGCAACAGAAGCCUUCUUCAUGCACCACAAAGUGCCGCUAGAAUCCCUCCACUUGCCCAACGCCUCCUGUCGUGCUCAGAGAGAAGUCAUCAACCAAAUCCCGUACUACAUGUUCAAGAUCUCCCAGGAGAAGUAUUUGACUUGUGGAGGGACUCCACUUAAGAAAAAUGCAACCCACUUCCUUUAUUCUGUGAGCAUCCAAUCAGAUGGUCAGGUUACUGGAAACAUCAUCAGAGAUCCUGUCAUUAAGAUGAGCUUCACAUGCAUUUAUCCAUACGUCCGAAGAGUUGGCCUUCCUUUUCCCGUCUUUCCUGUCUCCAGUGAAACGGUGAUGCACGUGGACGAGAUGGACGCCACGAUACAGAUGACGUUGUUUUCUGACCCGAUCUUCUCAAAAGCCUACACCAGCGCUCCAACUAUAGAGCUCAAAGACAAGGUGUACGUUGAGGUGUCCGUCACCGAGCCUGCAGAUUACUUCCUGCUUCAAAUCAAUGAGUGUUGGGCCACUCAGUCUCCUCAGCCCAACUCUACAAACGGACUGGUCCACAGUCUGAUUCAGAACGGCUGUGUGAAUGACCGGACAGUUUCCUUCCUCGACUUGGGUGAUGAAACAUCUGGACAAAACGGAAAAAGCUCCACCGUUCGUUACAGCUUCGACAUGUUUCGCUUCAUAACGGAGCCUCACGAGCUGUAUCUGCACUGCACCGUGCAGCUGUGUGAGCUGGACGACCAGAAGUCCUGCGUACCCAGCUGCAGUUCGAUCAGUAAGAGAGAAGCCGUGCGAGAGUUUCCCAACCAGGGUCUCCUGUCUUAUGGACCAAUCAGGAUUGAAAUGCCAGACAGACCUCAAUCUAGCCUGCUGACAAAGGUGGUACUGCCUGUGGCUGGCGUGUGGAUUCUGGGCUUCUUCCUCACCAUCCUCAUCACUGUGGCAAAGGCAGGAAGCAGAAGGAUAGCAAAAGUAGAAGAGCACUGACGAUCAAGCUGCUGCUUUCAGCAGCAUGAAUAAAAAUGUGAAAAAAAUA